ACACAUUUUUUACACUUACGCUUGUUUCUUUUAUCAUCAUUAAAGUGAAAAAUGAGAAGCACUUUAUCCUCUUCUUCUUCUCCUCCAUGGCUAUGGCUAUGAAGCUCUCACACACUUUCCCCAUCUUCGGCCCACCCCUCGACCCAAACCCAAACACGCGCCCAUCCACGGAGCUCCGACUCUCCCGCUGGACCAGCCCGCCCUCCAAUGCCCGCCGAAAGCCCCGCCCCACCGGCCCACUAAAGAGGUCCAAAAGCCCACCACGGCCCAACGUGGACCCGCAAUCGCACCCCGCGCUCAGGUUCUCCAACAUUCCCAAAUCGAAGCCGCGGCCGGUAACCGCCAUCCCCGAAAACGUCAAAAUCAGCGACGACGGCCUCUCCUACCUCAUCGACGGUGCCCCGUUCGAGUUCAAGUACAGCUACACAGAAACCCCCAAAGCCAAACCGAUCAAAAUCCGCGAAGCUCCGUUCGUGCCGUUCGGACCCACCACCACGCCGCGGCCGUGGACGGGGCGGGCGCCGCUGCCGCCCAGCAAGAAGAAGCUGAAGGAGUUCGACUCGUUCGUGCUUCCGCCGCCGCACAAGAAGGGGGUUAAGCCGGUUCAGUCGCCGGGGCCGUUUUUGCCGGGGUCGAGUCCUCGCUACGUGAAGACGAGGGAGGAGAUUCUGGGGGAACCCUUGACGCGCGAGGAGAUUCGUGACUUGGUUAAGUCCUGCAUGAGAGCCGAACGCCAACUCAACAUAGGUUGCUUCGUCUCUACUUUCUUUUUUUUUUUUUUUUGCGUGUUUUUGAGUUUGAAACUUGAAACUGGAAAGUUCAGUGUCUCUUUUUUUGUGUUGCUAGGUAGAGAUGGUUUGACGCAUAACAUGUUGGAUAAUAUACAUGCUCAUUGGAAGCGGCGGAGGGUUUGCAAGAUCAGGUGCAAGGGAGUGUGUACUGUGGAUAUGGAUAACGUGUGUCACCAGUUAGAGGAAAGGACAGGGGGGAAAAUCAUAUACCGAAAGGGUGGUGUGUUGUACCUGUUCCGAGGCAGAAACUACAAUUAUAAAACACGCCCACAUUUUCCUCUGAUGUUGUGGAAACCGGUGCCUCCAGUUUAUCCUAGGUUGGUUCAGCGAGUUCCUGAAGGUCUAACACUAGAAGAAGCAACUAAAAUGCGUCAGAAGGGAAGCACAUUGAUUCCCAUAUGCAAGCUAGGAAAAAAUGGUGUUUAUUGUAACCUAGUAAAAACUGUCAGAGAGGCAUUUGAGGAGUGUGAACUAGUGCGUAUAAACUGUCAAGGACUAAAUAAAAGUGACUAUCGAAAGAUUGGAGCUAAAUUGAGGGAUCUUGUUCCAUGCACAUUGCUUUCGUUUGAAUUUGAGCACAUACUUAUGUGGAGAGGACCAAAUUGGAAGUCCUCUGUUCCAGAUCUAGGAGAUGACGACUUCAAGAAAGCCAAUAAAAUUGAGGUUGACGAUAAAAAUUAUGAACCACCGCUGUCAGAGGCCCUAGAAUUCUCAGCACCAGCUCAACAGAAGAACCAUGUAGAACAUGCAAGCAAUUUAACACAUGACACUAGCAUUUGCUCUAGUUCAAGUGAUGUGAUUUUGGAGAAGGUCGAGGUGCCAUAUCCCAUUGAAAAUAGCAAUCAAUCUAUAUCUGGGGUUACUGAAGUUGCUUCACUUACAAAAUCGUAUGAAGUUGAAACCACAAAUAAUGCCACAGGCUCCGAUGCUGAGCCUGAACCUUUCACGAGCUCCAGUCCAAGUAUGACCUUAUCAGACUAUAAUAGCCAUGCUGAAUGCUCCUCAAAUGUUAUGAGUGAGAGCCAUGGAAUCGAGAAUGUAAUGGAUAGCAAAAGCUUCAGUGAUGGUCUUUCUGCUUCAAUUUCAGGAUCUGAUGCAACACUAGGAGGUAAUUAUAUCAUUGGUGACAUAGAUCCUCAUUCUGAUAAGUUGCUAGAUGCUUUGGUAGAAGCAGAUGUCAAUCAGCCACCUAGGUCAGCUGCUCCUUGUAUGAAAAAAAUCUUAUUACUGUUGGAACAAGCUGUUGAGAAUGGUGGUGCACUUGUUUUAGAUAAAGAUUCUUUGGAUGCGGACAAUAUUUAUCAAAACACUGUCGCCUUUGCCAAAUCAGCUCCACCUGGACCAAUUUUUAGGAAACACAAAAAGGUUGUGGCUCAAAAAAGUGAUAAGCAACAUGGUUCAACUUUGGAGACCAAAGAAACUACCACUGUUUACAUGAAACAGAAAAGGGAGAAGAGUACUAAAAUUCAUAGAAAAACAAAUUUUGAUGACCAAUUACUGAAUGUUGUACCACAAGGAACACUAGGAGUUGAUGAACUUGCUAAACUUUUAACAUGAUGCUAAAUGCUGUUUUCAAAAGUUCUGAUGCCAUUGUAGUGCAUUUCUAUUUCAUUCGAAUCAUACUUGGUGCAUCUGUUAACAAUAUGAUAAAUUUUGUUCUGCUC